AGAAUGUUUCCCGGCUGCAGUAGCUCUAGGUUAGGCAUUGUUUCCUGUUGUUAUCCCCAACGGCAACGGAAGUUUGCAGCUGGGGCCUCACACUAGGAUUUGCGAGAGAGUACUUACAAUGCAAUAUAAAGUAAAACACCUGCCCGCCAAACUCUGAUCCACUGUAUCACCGCUCGGUCCUUCUAGGAAUAGUCCUGCUUCCUUCAGAUUUUCUCCCGUUGUCCCGGGUUAACCCCUGCAGGCCCGACACUCUGGGACAAGCCACGAAGUGACUGGAACAGAAACAUUAAAUGUCGGCACUAUCCGGCCGGUCAACAUACUGGGAAAGACCUGUAAACAGCAUGCCCCGACAUGUUGAGCUGCUACAGCAAGAGAGUGCAGGAGUGCAGCCUGAGGAAUUCUCUCAGACAGAGAAGAACAGAGGGCAGAAGCAGAAGGAUCUCCCAAGAGAGAAGCAGAAGGAAGUAAACUACCCCCUGGGAUUGGAAUAGUUCAGAGAGAGAGAGAGAGAACAAUAUUUGAAAAAGCGUCUCUCAGAGAUACUGCAACAGAGGAAGACAUCCACACAGGAAGAGUAAGAGUGAAUUCCUAGGGAGUGUUAAGUUAAUGAGGAGAGGGCUCUCCGUUUGUUGCAGCCUGCCUGUGGGGAUUCAGAAGCAUUCUCAAAGAGAACAAUGUUGUUGGAGGAUUGUCGUUGAGGUAAUUUUCCAGUGAAUAUGUCAGUGAAGUAGUCCUUGGUUUUCGGAUUACUUUUCUGGCAAUAUCCCCAGAACCAGUUGGACAGGGACACUGAAAUUCCUACUGGGUAUAUUAGCCAGAGAACUCAAAGUGCCAGUUAAGGGUGGCUCGUCACAGCCUGAAAAAUAACCAACAGCUGGACUCGUGAGUAAAAACAAUUCUAUUUUGGGGAAAAAAAAAGCUGUGCCAAAAUUGACUGGUGCAUAAUCUCAUUACUAGUGAAGUGAAAAUCAGCUUGGAGAAGCGUGGUGGCUCCUGAUAGAUUCAGGCUGAAGGUUACAGCCAGGUAGCCAGGACCUACCACCCUCCUCUUUGGGUCACUCUUUUGGUUCUGUAUUUCUUGCUCCUUCCCCCAACUCGGGUACUGCAAUGAGUUUGCAUGUGGUGACCUGCUGUACCAUUUGGAGAUGAGCGUCAGUCGUCUUCAGGGUAGGCGGUUCUACUGCCGAGACUGGGCCCUGUACAAGCUCCAGCACUGGCUGGAGACCCGAGCCUCUGGCAGGAUUUUAGGGGUUCUGGUGACGGGAGGUCCUGGCAGUGGGAAAACCGCCUUUUGCACUGAAGUGCUUUGGCCAACAUCAGAGGCCGGGACCCGUGUUGACCUGGCCUCCCGCUGCCUGGCCCACCACUUCUGCCAGCGAGAAGAUGAGAGAACAGUGUCCGUGCCGGAGUUCAUACUGGGUUUAGUGGAGCAGCUCCGGCGCAGUCCCUUACUCCCUGGGUAUUUUGAGAAACUGGAGGAGCCCUCGGUGAAGGCCGCCUUGGAGCCGAACCAGUGUGAAAAGGACCCUGAUGAAGCAUUCAAGAGGACAGUUCUUUUGCCCCUGCUGGACUUGCCUCUUCCAUCUCAGAACUUGCUGCUGAUUGUGGAGUCACUGGACUCGGGACCUGUAGCAGGAGCAGGCCAGGAGGGGCAUGCAGCAGGGAAGAGCAGAACCAUCGCUGAGCUUCUCUCCAGUCACCAGCAGCUUCUCCCGCCAUGGCUACUGCUUGUUUGCUCUGUCCGCCGACAGAACAAAGCACUCCACAAGAUGUUCUUAGGUUUUCGAAAGCUUUGCCUGGAUGAUCUACGCAAGGCUCACACAGUGCGUGAUGUACAGCAGUACAUUCUGUGGAGGUUGGACCAGGAGAGGGCACUGCGGAGGCACCUAACGCAUGAGACAGCUGACAUGCUGAACCAGCUACAUAUAAAGAGCAACGGCUGCUUCCUCUUUCUGGAGCGUGUGCUGGACGGAGUAGCUGAGAACUUUGUAGCCAUCCGUGAGAUCCGUGAUAUCCCAGGCACCCUUAAUGGGCUGUAUCUCUGGCUGUGCCAACGGCUUUUUCCCAGGAAGCUUUUUUCCAGGGUGCAGCCCUUACUGAAUGUCCUGUUGGCCUCUCCACGGCCACUCAACCUGGAGGAACUUUAUACUGCAGUGUGGACAAGAGACACCACCCUUACUCCAAUCGACUUCCAUCACCAUCUAGAUGCCUUGUCUAAGCUACUGGUGGAUGGGCCUAGCAGCACCAAGCUUCUGUUCCAUGCAAGCUUUGCAGAAUGGCUGAUGGAUGUUAAAUACUGCACACAAAAGUACUUGUGCAGUCUGGCUGAGGGUCAUGCCAUGCUGGCCAUGUCACUAACCCUCCGUGGGCCGCAGCUGUCCCCGAAUGAGAUACACCAGCUCGCUUUUCACCUCGUGAACUCGAACCUGCAGCCUGAAAACCCCACCCUGCUGGCACUAUGGAUGGUAUGGUGUGGAAUCCCUUCUUUAGCAGACAAUUCCCUUACCAACGAACCCUUCCCUCCGACCUCUGCCCAACAGGUGCUGCAACUGCUAGUAAAGGCUGGAGCUUACCCUGCUUCUUCCUCUGGUCGUGUCCGCAACUGGAGCUCUAGUGUUGGCUGCGCAGUCAGUGGCGGGAUGAUCCGGAAGGCUCUAGAGCAGGAAGAUUCAGUACGAGUUCUACUGGAAAAUGGGAUGAGUGUCAAUCAGAUGGAUCCAGGGGAUGGGCGCACCUUGCUGGCCAGUGCAGCACAUGCAGGCUCUACAGAUGUGGUUGCUUUCCUCCUAUCCAAAGGAGCUGAUGCACAGAUCCAGGACCACCAGGGACAAACCCCUGUGAUGCUGGCAGCGCGUCAGGGUCAUGCCAGAGUGAUUCAGUGUUUGCUGGAGUGGGCCCAGCGGGAGGAAGCGGUCCCGCAUCUUGUUAACCAUGCAGACCGAGAGGGUUGGACUGCACUGCGUUCUGCAGCAUGGGGAGGACAUGCUGAGGCUGUCAGGAUCCUACUGGAGGCUGGUGCAGAGGUGGAUGGCAGUGACUGUGAAGGCCGGACUGCCCUGAGGGCUGCAGCUUGGGGAGGACACGAGGAAAUCCUUUGCACUCUUUUGAACUAUGGGGCCCAAGUGGACCAACCGGACCGGGAGGGUAGAACGCCGCUAAUUGCUGCAGCCUAUAUGGGCCAUAAGAAGACAGUAGAAUUGCUGCUUGACCAUGGUGCCCAGGUAGACGUGCAAGACUCAGAUGGGCGUACAGCCCUAUCAGUGGCAGCUCAAUGUGUACCUUCAGCAGCUGGACUUGGCUAUUGCGAGGUGGUGGGUCUCUUGUUAGAGCGAGGGGCGGAUCCAGGACAUAAGGACCGUGAUGGGAUGACACCACUGCUUCUGGCGGCAUAUGAGGGCCAUGCAGAAGUGGUGGAACUCCUUCUAGAGGCUGGGGCAGAUGUGGAUGAAGCUGCUGGGUCUCAGCGAGGUAGCCACAUCUCUACUGCUGUUACACCACUGCUGGCCGCUGCCUCAAUGGGCCAUGUGUUUGUAGUGAACACUCUACUGUUUUGGGGAGCUGCUGUGGAUGCCAUUGAUGGUGAGGGACGCACAGCACUUAGCCUGGCUGCUGCCCAAGGAAAUGUGGAGGUGGUACGGACACUGCUGGACCGCGGACUGGAUGAAAAUCACAGAGACGAUUUGGGAUGGACCCCGUUACAUUCAGCAGCCUGCGAAGGUCACCUUGCGGUAUGUGCAGCUCUGACAAAGCAAGGUAGUGCAGCCAGAGUGACUGAAGUGGAUAAUGAUGGGAGGACCCCACUGGUCCUGGCUGCACAAGAGGGACAUUGCGAUUGUGUGAGGCUCCUUCUGAAAAGACAUUCACCCCUGGACCACCGAGGGUAUGAUGGACGUUCUGCUUUGAGUGCAUCUGCACUAGAGGGACAUGUCGAUGUUGUGGAGCUACUGCUAAGGUGUGGCUCAGAGCUGGAUGUGAGGGAUGCAGAAGGAAGGCCCCUGUUAUACCUCCUGGUGCUUGAGGGGCUUCACAACAUGGUUGGGCUCCUACUGGAGAAAGGGGGUGUUCCUUUAGAGUCCAGGGACACGGAGGGCAGGACUGCCCUACAUGUGGCCUCCUGGCAAGGACAGCUUGAGUGUGUGAGCUUAUUGCUCUGUCACAGUGCAGAUGCCAACGCACUGGAUGGGAAGGGACGCUCUCCCUUGCACUCUGCUGCCUGGCAAGGCCAUGCAGUGAUAGCUCGGCUCUUGAUUGAAUCUGGGGCUGCCAAUGUGGACCAGGCUUGCCGCCAGCACGGAGCCACAGCACUGUGUAUUGCUGCCCAAGAAGGUCACACAGCGGUGGUGAGUGUCCUGCUUGAGAAAGGGGCCAAUCCGAACCAUAUAGAUCUGUACAGACGCACGCCUGCCGAAGUAGCCGGGAAAAGGGGCCACGGCAAGAUUGUCCGCUUGCUGGAGAGCUACGGGGCGCCCCCCUACUGUGGCUUCCUGCCCCCUUCCCCUCUUCAGCAGCAAAAAACAUCCACCAUGAAGACCCAUUCCCCAGGCAUCACGUCUGCCAGUUCAGGAAAUUCGAAAGAUGCAUCUAUGGAACUUAGACAGCCUCCUUGCCAUCAGCACCCCCAUCACAUGUCCAGCUCUCCCUCAGGCUCCCCAGAAUCUACGACUGAGAGGUGCAAUUCCCUGGUGACGUCAGAAAACUCCCUCCAGAGUUCCAAAACGUCUUCCUCAACCUACCACUCCCUGGCCACGGCCCAAACAGUCCCAGUUGACAGUCUGAGUUUCACACAUCAGAUCCAACAACAUUCUUUGCCACGCAGCAGAAAUCGCCACUCAAACCUGGUGUCUCCAACUUCCUCUCUGUACAUCAGUGAUGGCAAACCCAAAACCAUCCCACUACAGUCAGAGCCCUCCACUGCCCCCACAACUCCCUAUAGGCAUCGGACUCCUCUCUCCAGCCCUACCCUGGGAAAAAGCAUCAUGAACAGCCCAAAGGCCAAGACCCCAACUAACAUGAACGUGGGGGUUCUCAGCAGUGUCCCAGAGAAGACGGACAGCCCCCAACCUACUGGAGGUGGGAAGUGGAACUCCUUCAUGGCUUCUCUGGGGGUGACCCCAGGACACGACAGCCCCAUAAGACCUUUUAGAGGCUGGGACAGCCCUCCUCUGGGUUACCCUGCUGUAGUGGAGUCCCAGCAGAAAAAUGGAGAAGCACCUUGCAAGCCGUUUGUCUCCACGCCUAGCAAAACCACAACCGGAAUCCCUCACAGUGCCUUGGUACCCGAGCCGCUGAUUGCCAUAACAACACUGGACCCCCAGCUGAACCUCAAGCAGGCCAUUAAGCUGCAGUUUGAGGGACCGACCAGUGCACUGAGCUACAAGAGAGAGACCCCCAUGUGAGGGUGAGAAACCAGGGUUAAGCAGGAGCUGGGGCAUUGGAAAGAAUCAUAUACUGUAGAAAUCACUUUAUUGGGAAUCUGUGAAGAUGAAAGAAGGGAAGGGCAAAAAGACAACCAGGGCCAGGGCUCCAAAGUAUCUCUUUACCCUUCCCUUUGGUCCCCAAAUCUAAUUGCUGGAUGCCACAUCAGGAGCAAGUUGGUUGCUAACAUAUUCAACUGUUUAAAAUACAACAACUUGCUAAGACACUAAAAUGAUACUAAAACAGUAACUUCUUCUUCAUGUCUGUGCUCGCUUGUUUGUUGCCUUAUUCUACUGAAUGGUUAAUCUAUGCAGCUGAUGACUGCAAUGAACUCAGCUAUGAUAUUUUGCAAGUGUUGUGUAUGGAGUUUGUGACUGUCACUUUAGUUGUGUAGAACUAUGGCCAAAAUUUUUGGAUCACCCUACAGAAUUAACUAAUUUGGCUUCAUAAAGUGGAAUGAAACAUGCUGAAUAUUUUGUUAACAUUGAAU